UUUAAUUCGGCAGUAGCAAAGGUUUCAACAACAGCAAUAAUAAUAAUAAUAAUAAUCGGUUUUAUUAUUAGAUUUCUGAAGGUACUGGCUACGUGCAUAGAGAGAAAAUGGGAAGGUCUCCAUGCUGCGAUGAAAACGGCCUAAAGAAAGGACCAUGGACUCCUGAAGAAGAUCAAAAGCUAGUCGAUCAUAUUCAGAAACAUGGCCAUGGAAGUUGGAGAGCUCUUCCUAAGUUAGCAGGGCUUAAUAGAUGUGGAAAAAGCUGUAGACUAAGGUGGACUAACUAUUUGAGGCCUGACAUUAAGAGGGGGAAAUUCUCCCAAGAAGAGGAGCAAACUAUUCUGCAUCUGCAUUCCAUUCUUGGAAAUAAGUACUACUUUCAUUUAAUAUCAUUUUCCUUCUUCCUUUUAUCCAUCCAUUCUUAUAUAAUUUGGCCUGACAAUGAGAUAAAAAAUUUCUGGAACACACAUUUAAAGAAGAGGCUAAUUCAGAUGGGUUUCGAUCCAAUGACACAUCAGCCAAGAACUGAUCUUUUUUCAACAUUGCCGUAUCUACUAGCUUUGGCCAACAUCACCGAUUUUAUGGAUCAUCAUCAAUCGUUUGAUGAGCAUUCUCUAAGGCUCCAAUUAGAGGCACUUCAAUUAGCAAAGAUUCAACAACUUAAUUACUUACUUCAAUCCACUACUACUACUACUACUACUACUAAUAAUAAUAAUAAUAAUAAUAAUACUAAUAAUAAUUCCUUAUUAAGCAACAUUAUUAGUAGUAGUAUUAAUACCAAUAAUAACUCCUAUGACCAAAAUAAUAAUUCCAUCACAGACAUGGAAGCUUUCAAUUUAUUAAAUUCAAUCACGAAUAAUAAUGUCAAAGAAAAUAACCCAGUUACCACAUUUUCUCAUGAUGAGAUUAUUGCUGAUUCUUCUUCCCAACCACUCCACCAAUCAAGCAACAUGCUAUUACCUCAUUUAUUAGACCCACAGCCACAAGUCUCUUUGACAAGUUCCCAAUCAAGUUUGAAUAGUACUAAGCUGGAUCAAGGUAUUACUAAUAAUAAUAAUGAUUUGGAAGUUAUGGGUAGUGAAGGCGAUUAUCACAUGAUUUCUCCAUGGAACAUCAUAACAUCUUUAUCAUCAUCGUCGUCAUCGUCAUCAUCGCCUGCAUCUUCAUCUGUUCCACUAAAUGCAAGCAGCAGCAAUACUUCUAGCUAUGGAGGAACCUCCUCUUACUGGCCUGAACUUUUUUAUGGGAAUCCCAUUAUGCAUGAUGAGUUAUACUAAUAUUUAAUUUAAUUUGAAAGAGGUUAUUAUUGUGUAUGUACUAUUAUAUAUGCUGUGUUAUGCUCUCAUCAGAACAUUGUUUUCUUCUUUCCAAAUAUACUUGGGGACAAAGCACAUAGAAUUUGUUGAGAUUUCGUCAUAAUUACUUUCAGUUAUCAGUUACAUCAAUGUUCCUUAUUUGCUCAAUUAAACUCUGAAUAUUUAUUUUCUUGUUA